AUGGCUGCGCCUGUUGCUCAGGAAGAGCUACCUAUCCUCGAGGCAGUUAUCAACAUCCGGAACCGUUUGACAGCCCUGAAAAAGGAUAGAGGCGAGUUCAUCAAGGCGUCCGAUGUUAAUUCGCUCUAUCAUGCAAUUGUAAAGCAAGUUACCCGCUUGAAUGAAGUUCGCGACGACCGUACGACGUAUAAUAACCGCUUGGACACCACACUUGCAGAUGUUUUCAAUCUGCUCUCCCUCUUCUUCCUUACAAUUGGAAGGACAAGAGAGUGUCCCGCUACCUAUUGCCAAAUUGCCAGCAUGAGACAAAUUCUCGAACAUAUGAAUGAAUCCGGGAUCUACAACGAGUCAGACCUUGCCCCGUUUCAUCGACGGUUGGUGGAAUUACGCUCUAUCGUUCAGCACGAUAUGGACAGCGGCAGACAUCCAGUCGCAAUGACAACAUUACUGGAGAGGCAGUUGAACGAUUGCGAGGCUCUCCUUUGCAGUUUGCAAGAUUCGCUAGGGAUUCUCUCUCCAGAGUUAAUACCAAUCCACGAACGCCUAGUCAACAUUCGACGGCAGCUGGUCGCGCUUGCGGCAAAGGAGACCGCUAGAGAAGCCGCGGUUGCGAACGCAUUCGUAGUUCAGAUGCAGGAACCCGCGUGUAUUCAAGGACCUGCAUCCGAAGGAAGACGGACUCCGGACGGAGAGCCUGUAAACGGUAGUAACGGAGCUUCAGGAAGCGACAGAGAAAUAAAGACGCCGACGAAGGAAAGCACGCCGAAGCCAGAAGGGCCGAAAGAUAAAGAGCGGUCCAAAGUCAAAGCAGAGCUCAAGGGCAUUCAGGAGGAGCUGCGCAAAAUCGAUUCGAAGCGUGUAGAUGGCAAGUUCAUGGGUCCAGGCGGAACGUUACCGGCGUCUCAAGCGAUCUGCUCUUCUUUGCUGGAAGAGUGCUUUGAGAUCGCGCAAGAGAUCCGUGCACAGGACGAUUCAAAACAUGUCGCAUCUUCUCUGAAGCCUAUCUACGACAGGCUUAGCGAGAUCCGGCGAGAGUUGGAAAGUCUUGUCUUGACGCAUCGAUGGAGUCUGCGCGAGACGGAUCUGUGGAAUUACAGCCUCAGUUUGCAAGAAAUUGACAAGAUGAGGGUGGACGGAAAGUUCGUCGAUGCAGAGGGAACUCGGCCAACGGGACAAUAUGUUUUGUUGUACCUGCUCAGGCGAUGUUAUGGCUUGAUUUACCGGCUGCUCUCAUCCAGCGAGCCCGUGUCCGAAGAACUUAUGCCGAUCGCCAACAAACUCUCAACAGUCAAGAAGUGUCUGAAUGAAGUGCUAAAAUAUGGCGGACCCUUCAGUCCACGAGAUCUCUACCCUUACCAGCUGGCACUGCAUCAGAUAGACUCGAUGCGGAAGGACGGCAAGUUUAUUGGCAUCGACGGGUCGAUACCAGAGGGGCAGGGGAUCGUCAUGGCGCAUCUCAACGAAUGCCACGAGCUGCUUGAGAUGUUGAAGCAGGCGAUGGACGAGAAUGACAAUGAAGAUGAGUAUGUAACCGGUGACGAGGAUGACUCUGUAUUCGACGAACCGUCGGACGAUGGUCAGGAAUAA